UGGAUUGGACAGAAUUGUGAUUAUCUUCGACAGCCUUACCCUCACUCAUAAAGUUUCUCAAAUUCCAUUUCAAAGCUUGGAUCUUUUUAUCUGUUUAAGAAACCCAUGAGAAUUCUUCAGGCUUCCAACAUCUAUGGUGUUGCCUUUGGCAUUCCAUCCCUCUCUUCUUCUCGCACUAAGCGCCAUGCCACCAUACCCACAGGGGAAGCAUUGGCCAAAUCUGUUCCAAUAGCAAGCAAGUUCUCGGAGCAGCAUUUUUUGAAGAAGGGAGAUAUGGAGAACGAAGGAAAUUCAGUUGUUCUCGAGAAAAAAGAUUUUGCAGUUCCAAGGAGAAAGGCCAUGGCCCUGAUAUUUUCCAGUUUUGUGCUCUCAAAUUAUGAAUUGCCCAAAGUUGCAUAUGCUCAAUCUAUUGAGUUCAGGGAAUAUAUUGAUACCUUUGACGGCUAUUCGUUUUUGUAUCCUCGAAACUGGAUUCAAGUGCGUGGUGCUGGUGCUGACAUAUUUUUCAGGGAUCCUCUUGUUUUAGAUGAAAAUCUCUCAGUGGAGAUAUCAUCUCCUUCAUCCUCUAAGUACAAAAGUGUAAAAGAUUUGGGUCCACCACAAGAAGCUGGAAAGGGAGUCCUUAGACAAUAUUUGACUGAAUUUAUGUCCACUAGACUUGGUGUCAGACGCGAAUCAAGUGUUCUUUCCACUUCGUCAAGGGUAGCUGAUGAUGGCAAGCUGUAUUAUGAAGUUGAGGUAAAAUAUUUGUGCUUUGCUUGUUAUGAAUGAUUUAGGGUCCUUUUGGUUUCUGAUGAUAAAGGUGUCUAGAUAUCAAUGAUUUAUUUAACUUUCUUAGUACAAAAUGUUAUUCGUUCUAUGUUAGCGUGUUCCACAUUGAAGGGGCAUAUGAGCUGUUUCCUUAUACCAUUUUGGGUGAUCUUCACCUUCACCUAAUUAGCUAGUUUUUGGGUUGACGGUUAACUACGGAGUUUGGUGCAAGGUCCAUU